AUGGGUUUAACUGAUUUAUAUAAACCUCAGGCAAGUCCGGAGAAGAAAUCAGAUACUAACACUGAUAAUUUGAGUGAAUAUUCUACUGAUCAUGAAAUAGAAGCUGGGGUUCAAUUGGAUCAAAAUGUUAAACAAAUUGGUAUAAUUUCCGCCACUUUUCUUAUUAUUAAUCGAUGUAUUGGUGCUGGUAUUUUCGCUACUGGAUCGACAAUUUAUACUUUAUCAGGUAGUGUUGGAACAUCAUUGAUUUUAUGGGUUGCUGGUACUUUAAUUGCUUUUGCUGGAUUAUUAGUUUAUAUGGAAUUUGGAUCUGUUUUAACUAGAAAUGGUUCGGAAGUUAUUUAUCUUCAACAUAUUUAUAAAAGUCCGAAAUUUUUGGUUAUUUCAUCAUAUGCAGUGUAUGCUCUUACUAUGCCUUGGACUGCUGGUAAUAGUGUGGUUACAGGAGAAUAUAUUUUAACUGCUGCUGGGAAAGAAGUUACUCAAUGGAAUUCAAGAGGUAUUGCCUUAGCGGUUGUUACUUUUGCCUUUUUAAUUAAUGCUAUCAAUGCCAAAGCAGGGUUAUUUAUGGCAAAUACUUUGGGUUCAUUCAAAAUUGUCAUUAUUUUAUUUAUUAUUGUUACUGGUUGGGUUGGUCUUGGUAAUGGUAUUAAAACUGGUCAUUUCCAACCAACUCAUAAUUUCCAUAAUGCUUUUGAAGGUCAAACACCAACUGGUUAUGGUAUUUGUGUUGCAUUAUAUAAUGUCAUUUGGAGUUUUGUUGGAUAUAGUAAUGCACUGUAUGCUUUAGGUGAAGUGAAAAACCCCAUGAAAGUACUUAAAGUAUCAGCACCACUUGCACUUUUAGGUAUUGCCAUUGCUUAUAUGUUGGUUAAUAUUGCUUAUUAUGCUGUUGUCCCAGUUGAUGUUAUUGCUGCUAGUAAAAGAAUUUUGGUGGCAGACUUUUUUUAUUAUGCUUUUGGUACUAGAGCUAGUAAAGCUGCUGCAGUUUUUGUUGCCUUAUCAGCUUGGGGUAAUGUUAUGUCAGUUAUUUUCGCUCAAGGUAGAAUUAUUACUCAACUUGGUCGUUCUGGAGUUAUUCCAUUUUCUCGUUUCUUUGGAAGUAGUAAACCUUUUAAUACUCCAUUCACAGGAUUACUUGAACAUUGGUUAAUUGGAGUCAUUUUCAUUUGUGCUGUUCCACCAGGUGAUUCAUAUAACUUUAUUCUUAACUUGGUAUCUUAUCCUUUGAAUGUGAUUAAUACUUUAUUAGGUGGUGGAUUGGUAUGGAUUUAUAUCAGAAAAUACCAAGGCAAAUAUGAAUGGAACCCAAAAAUUAAAGCAACUUUACCAGUGGCUAUAUUUUUCUUUUUAUCUUCAUUAUAUCUUGUGGCUGCUCCAUAUAUUCCUCCAUCAGAAGGUCAAUCUGUUUAUGAACAUCUUCCGUACUGGUUACAUGCUGUUGUCACUUGGGGUGUUUUCGGACUUGGUGGUAUAUAUUGGGUGAUCUGGACUCAAAUAUUGCCACGUUUUGGCGGUUAUAAAUUGGUUGAAAAAGAAGUUCUUGGUGAAGAUGGAUUCUGGAGAAAUAAAAUAUAUAAAGUUUCAAAAGAUAGUACCGAAGAGGAAAUACAGCAACAAGUUGAAGCUGCAGUUGAAGCUGAAGGUAAUAAACUUAAAUAA